AACCUUGACACGGAGAAUCCUGGGAUAGGAUAUGCUUAUUUUGGCCAUUUGAGAGUUCGUCCAGAGAACGCUGAAAAUUAUGUCGAAACGCAGAAAAAGUGCGCCACUGAUCGACUCAGACAGUGAUGAAAGUGAUAGUGGAGCCGACUUAGACGAAGGCUUUCGUGCUCUGGCGAAGCGAAGGCGAACAAGUUCAGCGUCCGACUCAAAGUCAGAAUCUCAACAGGAAACUCAGAACCGAACGUCAGUUCCUAGUGACUCCGAUUCGGAAACUUCCAACAGCGAUGACGAUUGGACAGCAAAUGGCAAAAAAGGAGCAUCAAAAAAGAAGACAACACCAAAGAAGGGCAACAAACGAGGAUCUGGUGUUGCUUCAUCUGACAGUGAAAAAGCAGAAGAAAACAGUGCUUCAGAGCCUGAAGAAGGUGAGGUGUCCGAUUCAGGUAGUGGUGAGUCGGAUGAUGAAAAAUUUUAUGAUGGCUAUGAUGAAAACUUGAUUGGGGAUGAAGAAGACAAACAACGUCUUGAACAAAUGACAGAGAAGGAGCGAGAGCAAGAACUGUUCAAUCGUAUGGAACGCCGUUCAGUUCUGAAGACCAGAUUUGAAAUUGAAAAAAAAUUGAAAAAAGCGAAACGAGAACAACGAAAAGCAAAACCUCCUACUGCCUCAGAGUCCCUUUCUACUCCCACCAUCAGUGAACGCAGUAAAGAAAGAAGAAAGAACAUUGAAGACCGCAAAGACUUAAAAAAGACAUCAGCCUUCCAGGAUCUGAAAGCAAAACGAGAGGAAAAGAUUAAAAAAGAAGAGAUCAAACAACAGCAGCAACAGCAGCAACAAAAGAAGCUUAAGGCCAGUGACAUUUACAGUGAUGAUGAUGAGGAUGAAGAAGGUGACAAUGACAGCGAAGAAGAGCGAAAGAGUGUUAAGGAGGAGUCUAAAAAAUCUGAGGAGAAGGAAGAUGAGUCAGAUGCUGAAUCAGAAGCGAGCAGACGAUCGUCCUCAGGUUCUGAUGACGAGGAUGAGGACAGAAAAAAGCGGGUACAGAGUGUCACAACCAAAGAAGAGCUCUCCAAAAUUCGUCUUUCUAGGCAUAAACUGGAAAGAUGGUGCCACAUGCCAUUCUUCAGGAAAGUUGUAGUAGGCUGCUAUGUGCGAAUUGGUAUUGGCAACCAUGAAGGCAGAGCUGUGUACAGGGUUGCUGAAAUUAUUGGCGUUGUUGAGACAGCUAAAGUUUACCAGCUGGGUACAACAAGAACAAAUAAAGGACUUCGCCUCAGGCAUGGGGCUGCAGAGAGGGUCUACAGGCUAGAGUUUGUCUCCAAUCAGGACUUCACAGACACAGAGUUCCACAAAUGGAAGGAAACUAUGAUGCUUGGUGGUCUGGAACUUCCCACAAUGGAAGAAGUGGAGAGGAAACUUGACGACAUCAAAUAUGCUUACGGCUACAAGUUCAAUGAAUUAGAUAUAGAGCAGAUUGUUGCAGAGAAACGAAAAUUUAAGAAAAAUCCCCACAAUUAUGCCAUGAAAAAGACAGAACUUCUCAAGUCAAAGGAAGAAGCAGAGACAUCUGGUGACCAGACUCGUCUUGCUAAAGUGAAUCAUGAGCUAGAAGAACUUGAAGAGAGGGCAACAGAGCUGGACCGCCGGCGCACUAGCAACAUCAACUCCAUCAGCUAUAUCAACCAGAGAAAUCGAAUAAGGAAUUUGAUCGAUGCAGAAAAUGCCCUAAGGGCAGAAGUUGCAGAUAUGAAGGCUGCAGUGGCCGAUCCUUUUACACGUCGUCACUGUAGGCCAACUCUGGUCACCAGGAGUCGUGAAUCAGAAGAAUUCAAAAUCCAAAAGCAGGUACCACAGGGCUCUCAUUCAGAAGUUUUUGGAUCUGAAGCAUCUGGCCUAACACCUCAAACCCUCUCCAGUUCUGACAGAAAGGCAGCAGACAAGGCAGAUACAGGAGGUGAAACUCGAGGUUCGGAGGACCUGUUUGCAGUCCAUGAUUUUGACAUAAAGAUUGAUCUGGAUGUUCCCGCAACACCCAAUAUCGUGGUCCCCAAUUCCUCAUCCGGAGGUCCACGAGAUGGUACUCCACGUCGUUCUCUCAAUUUGGAGGACUACAAAAAACGACGAGGACUGAUAUAGGACUAGCAGACUCCCUUCCAUCAUCAUCAUCUUUGUGUGUACUCCCUUUGUGUUGUCCAAUCUCAUGUCAUUUUUGUAAGUCAGUGCCAGAAUUUUUAGAGAUACAAACAAAAAAAAUCAGUUAUUGUGUAAAUAUUAAAAUAAACUAUUGAAGUUGUGAAA